CCCGCGGUGCGAAUUGGGCUGCUGGAGCUCCUGCGUCCUGUGGGGUUGUCCUCAAAGAUUCCAGCUGGUGUGGGUCUUCUGAAGAGCUAGUCGUGGGUAGGAUGGCUGUAUCACUAACAGAAGCUAAAACUCUGGCCCUUCAGGGUAUGCAGGAACAAGAGAAGAUUAUGAUGUUGGCGCCAAAGGAAGAGGAGCAGUCUUGGGAAUUUGAGACAAGGCUACCUGGGAACCAGUCUACCAGUCAAGAGGUCUUCCGCCAACGCUUUAGGCAGCUGUGCUACCAGGAGACUCCUGGCCCCAGGGAGGCCCUGAGCCGUCUACGGGUACUGUGUUGUGAAUGGCUGAGGCCAGAGAGACACACCAAGGAGCAGAUCCUAGAGCUGCUGGUGUUGGAACAAUUCCUGACCAUCCUGCCUGAGGAGCUUCAGUCCUGGGUGCGGGGACAUCACCCUAAGAGUGGAGACGAGGCUGUGACUGUGCUGGAGGACUUAGAGAAAGGAAUUGAACCAGGACUGCAGGUUCCAGGCCCUACAUGUGGAUCUGCACAGGAAGAGCCAUGGGAGAAGAAGACACCAAGCAUCCAGCUCCAACCAAAGGAGACCCAACUCAAGUGUGAACUUCAGGAGACCCCUCCUUUCUCAGAAAGUGAACAGGUAUCCUUAAAUUUUCCAUCACUUGUUGCAGAAGAUGGCCCAGAAACCAAGGGCAAAGGAUCACUGCCACAACCACCUAUUACUGAAGUAGAAUCACCAGUGUUCUCAGAAAAACUUAGCAUUGACAUCUCUACAUUUAAAGCUACUUCUGAAGUUGAGGGCACUUUAGAACAGCAACAGAAAACUGCUAAAGUGGAAAGACAAAAAAUUUUCAGACAGAUGGUUGUCACCCAUAAGAAAACUCCCACAGAGAAGAAAGACCAUGAAUGUAGUGAAUGUGGAAAAGCCUUCAUUUAUAACUCCCAUCUUGUAAUUCACCAGAGAAUCCAUUCUGGAGAGAAACCCUUUAAGUGUAGUGACUGUGGGAAAACUUUCAAUCAGAGCUCAAACCUCAUCCAGCAUCAGAGAAUUCAUACAGGAGAGAAACCCUACGAAUGUAAUGAAUGUGGAAAGGCCUUCAGAUGGGGUGCUCAUCUUGUUCAACAUCGGAGGAUUCAUUCGGGAGAGAAGCCCUAUGAAUGUAAUGAGUGUGGGAAGGCCUUCAGUCAAAGCUCAUACCUAAGUCAGCAUCUGAGAAUCCACAGUGGAGAGAAACCUUUUAUAUGUAAAGAUUGUGGGAAAGCUUACCGAUGGAGUUCAGAGCUUAUUAGACAUCAGAGAGUUCAUGCUAACAAAGAGCCUCCCCAAUGUAGUGAAGGGCUGGGAUUACAAGUGUGCACCACCACAUCCAGAUGGAAGAACAGUCUUAAUCGUGUAGUAGAUGCUGUGGUGGGUGUGCUGCUAGGAUUUCCCCAGCUGUCAAAGAUGCCUCCCCAGGAAGGAGCAAAAGGAGCAGCCACAAACAAGUCAGGUUGGUGGAAAGAACUGGGAACCAAGAAUGGAAGCAUUUCAGACUUCUUGUGCGAUUGAUGGAGGCCUCUGUUGCAGCUUCGUUGCUAUUUAGCCUCUCCCUCUGCUUAUCCUGUGGCCUUUGCUCUCACUGGGGUUCCCAAGAGCUUUCCUCAGUAAACUUUCUCCACAUAUUCCAUUUCAAAAUCUGCUUUCCAGGAAUCUCAGCCCAUGAAAUUUAGACAGUAUCAAAAUAAGCAGAGUAAAGAGAUGCAGCGGAGUGUGGGAGCACACACCUGUAAUCCCAGCGCUCAGGAGGAGGGGGCAAGAAGAUUGCAAACUGGCCAGCCUGGACCAUGCAAUGAGACCCUGUCUUUAAAACAGAGAAAAAGAGAUGGGGAGGUAGAUGAAAAUUGCCUGGACUUUUUAUUUUCAGUACUGAGGAUUUAAACCCAGAACCUCAAAAAUGCUAGGCAAGUGUACCACUGAGCUGCAUUCCCAGCUCUGCCUGGACUUUUAAGUCACAAGUUUGGAGAGAG